UAGAUCCUGUCAUCCCGUGUGGAUGGUGUCAAUGGCGGGCCCAGAGCAAAGCAUCCCCCACGAAAACUUGGAGGAGUAUUUUGAAGAGCUGAGGAACCCACUAUUUGAGAACACCAUCAGAAGAUUUUUCACAGACGUUUCCAAAGAUUGCAAUUGGUGCUUGAUCGAGGCGCCUAAAGAGGGAACCCCAACAAGCAGAGAUAUGUAUGCCAAGCGCUUUCAAGAUGCAUCGAAAUUUGUAUUCGAACUCCUCAGUGCCUUCGGAAUUUCGCCAGUGUGUAACGUUUGUCCUGGACAAGAUGGCAGGGCUGGCUAUGUACUUCACGUGUGUGGCGUAAACCACUUCAAAUAUCUGGCGGAGAAACUGUCCAAGGACAGAGUCAGGUGCAAAGACAGCAAGGAGUUACAGAGGCAGUAUGAGCACUCUUGGACCUUUGUCUUAGGACAAGUGAUCAUCAACUACCUCACUGGCGAGGUGAGAGUGAAACGGCGGCCUUCAUUUAUAGGAAUCCAAGUCCGCAAAGCACAGGACCUUCCAACAAUAGAAGAAUGGUACUGCGUGGGUACCCAACUCGCUUGCCCAAUGAAUGAUGAUCUGCAGUGGGAGCAUUGGACGGACAAAUGGCCUACAACCAAUGGAGGCAAACCGCGUUGGAGGACUGUGAUCAAAAAGUCUGCUGAACGCUUGGUGGAGCUUCUUGAAGCCCAUGGCAUCAGUGAGCAUUCAUGCCAGAUUUGUCCCAAUCAGCAUGGCAUGUGGGCCAAUCACCUUGGAGGUCCGAAGCACUAUAGCCAUUUGUACAACGGUCCCAACCUUGAAAAUUCUACGCAGCAGCGGUAUCAGACUUGGGACCUUCCAGAUGUAUGUGGCGUUGGCAUUGUCGGAAGGUUGAUGUUCGACCACAUCAGCGGCAUGAUCCUGAUGAUUCGGAGCCAGGGGAGGCUGAGACAUGAAGUUAAUUAUCCGUUGGCAAGAGGUUCAGAGAUCAUUGUCCACUACUCAGUUCAGGACAGCAAUCACAGAGAGCGACAGCAUCCUACAGAGCCCAAUGUGACGGAACAACCACAAAGUGCCACUUGCGGCCAUCCCCAAAGUCAAAUGCCGCCAGACCCUUCAAAUAUGCAGAAUGGCAUGCAAUCAGGUGUUGGACAGCCGACGUUUGCACAAGCUACUGGCAGCGCGUUUGGCGGGCAACCUCAAGGGCAAAUGCCAGUGGACCCGACCAUGCUGAAUGGCAUGCAACAGGGUGUUGGACAGUCAACAUUCACACAAGCUGCUGGCAGCCCAUUUGGUGGGCAACCUCAAAGGCAAAUGCCGCCAGACCCUGCAACUAUGCAGAAUGGCAUGCAAUCAGGUGUUGGACAGCCGACGUUUGCACAAGCUGCUGGCAGUGCAUUUGGCGGGCAACCUCAAGGGCAAAUGCCAGUGGACCCGACCAUGCUGAAUGGCAUGCAACAGGGUGUUGGACAGUCAACAUUCACACAAGCUGCUGGCAGCCCAUUUGGUUGGCAACCUCAAGGGGAAAUGCCGCCAGACCCUGCAACUAUGCAGCAUGGCAUGCAACAGGGUGUUGGACAGCCAACAUUCACACAAAAUGCUGGCAGUGCAGUAGGCGUGCAACCUCAAGGGCAAAUGCCAGGGCAAAUGCCAGUGGACCCGACCAUGCUGAAUGGCAUGCAACAGGGUGUUGGACAGCCAACAUUCACACAAGCUGCUGGCAGCCCAUUUGGCGGGCAACCGCAAGGGCAAAUGCCAGUGGACCCGACCAUGCUGAAUGGCAUGCAACAGGGUCCCAUUUGGCGGGCAACCGCAAGGGCAAAUGCCAGUGGACCCGACCAUGCUGAAUGCAUGCAACAGGGUGUUGGACAGCCAACAUUCACACAAGCUGCUGGCAGCCCAUUUGGCGGGCAACCGCAAGGGCAAAUGCCAGUGGACCCGACCAUGCUGAAUGGCAUGCAACAAGGUGUUGGACAGCCAACAUUCACACAAGCUGCUGGCAGCCCAUUUGGCGGGCAACCGCAAGGGCAAAUGCCAGUGGACCCGACCAUGCUGAAUGGCAUGCAACAGGGUGUUGGACAGCCAACAUUCACACAAGCUGCUGGCAGUGCAUUUGGCGGGCAACCUCAAGGGCAAAUGCCAGGGCAAAUGCCAGUGGACCCGAUCAUGCUGAAUGGCAUGCAACAGGGUGUUGGACAGCCAACAUUCAUACAAGCCGCCGGCAGCCCAUUUGGUGGGCAACCUCAAAGGCACAUGCCGCCAGACCCUGCAACUAUGCAGCAUGGCAUGCAACAGGGUGUUGGACAGCCAACAUUCACACAAGCUGCCGGCAGUGCAUUUGGCGGGCAACCUCAAGGGCAAAUGCCAGUGGACCCGACCAUGCUGAAUGGCAUGCAACAGGGUGUUGGACAGCCAGCAUUCACACAAGCUGCUGGCAGCCCAUUUGGUGGGCAACCUCAAGGGCAAAUGCCGCCAGACCCUGCAACUAUGCAGCAUGGCAUGCAACAGGCUACGGACAGAUAUUCCGAGCUCAUGAGAGCAUUUCAGGCAAAGCAACCAGGAAGCCUGUAUGAGGUGUACACCGACCCAAUGACAGGGAAACCAUGGUGGUAUGACCUUGUCACAGGUGAGCUGGUAGCUGACCAUUGGGCCGGAUUCACUUUGUUGGAGGUUGACACGGUCUCAGAACUGAACUUAGUUGGCCAUGGGCUAUCCAUGCCAGAUGCAGGGCCACAAGAUGGAACGGGAGAUUGUAAGCACUCGAUGGCCUUCAAACCCUUGGCCGUUUUUUGCCUGGCUUUGCCAAUCUGGACGUGGAACACAUGGAUCCAUGGUGCGUCUCAGUGCUUUGUCAACCCGCGUCCCAAGCUGCCUGUUGGACCUGUCCCACCCGUUAGACAUGUUGGACCUGCCGGUGCUGUGUUUCGCAACUCCACGUGGUCGGCUCGGUCAGUGGGAUUUGGGACGGUGCGCUUCGCAAACAGCGCAGUACUGCUGGUGGUGGCAGUCUUCCUUGUGGCUUUGAAGAAACCGGCCGUGUCUGCAUGGGUUGGCUUUGUGAUGCAUGCGCUCACUACGGGCAUCAUGCGAGGAUUUCCCUGUCCUAUCAAGAUUCCAGUGAGCUUCAGGCGUGAAGCUAGGUCCAACUUAGCAAAAUCAUAUAUUGCCCAAGCAAUUCUGCUGUCUUUGGUGCUUACAAGUCAAAGCCCAACCUCUGCGAUGGUCUCCAAAUAUUUGUUAUUUGUGCUGAUCUUUGUUACAAGCAUCUUCUUCGAUUGGCCCGAUCCUCCGCUGCUGGAUCAAGCACCCGCCUUGGUCUUCCCUG